AUGCUCCGCAGUAUUACCAAAAAAUUAGUUCAUCUACAUGCUUUUUUAUCUGAAAUGAAGCCUGACAUCCUCGUAAUAACAGAAACUUGGUUGACCCCGCAUAUUCUUGACUCUGAAUUGACUGGUGGUUUCCCUUACUUCCUGUAUCGGAAGGACCGUACCCAGAGAAAAGGUGGAGGAGUCUGUUGCAUAGUGAGGUCUUUUCUUAACUGCACGGAAGUGAAGUUGAACACCAACAUGGCCCCAGACAUACUCUGCUGUGAUAUUCUUAUGCAUGGGGCCGCCUCUCCUCUGAGGAUCAUCUCGGUCUAUCGCCCUCCAAACACUUCGCCAUUCAGAACUCCUCAAACGAUACGCACGGCAUAUUCAAUACAUGUAAGGAACUUAGUCGCUCAGAAAGAAAGAUUAUUUCUCUCUCUUAACCGUCCAUUGGAAAAUAACCUCUACAGAAAGGUGUGUCGGGACCUUGACGGCCAUGUAAAGAAGCUUCUUGCCAAUCGUGAACAUCGUCUUACAAGAGGGUCAAAUUUGAAACGGCUUUUCCACUAUAUUAGACAGAAAACAAGAGAUAAUUCAGGGUUACCUACCUUGCUUGAUACCUCGGGCAAGAAAUACAUUUCAGAUAUGCAGAAAGCCAGAAUAUUAGGCGAAUAUUUUGCUUCCGUAUUCUUCCAGCAGUGGCUCUGA